GAAGACAGAGAAGGAGACAGAAGAGGAGACAGAGAAGGAGACAGAGAAAUAGACAGAAGAGGAGACAGAGACAGAGAAGGAGACAGAAGAGGAGACAGAGAAGGAGACAGAAGAGGAGACAAAGACAGAGAUAGAGGAGGAGACAGAGACAGAGAAGGAGACAGAAGAGGACACAGAGAAGGAGACAGAAGAGGAGACAAAGACAGAGAGGGAGACAGAAGAGGAGACAGAGACAGAGAAGGAGACAGAAGAGGAGACAGAGACAGAGAAGGAGACAGAAGAGGAGACAGAGAAGGAGACAGAGACAGAGAAGGAGACAGAGAAGGAGACAGAGAAGGAGACAGAGACAGAGAAGGAGACAGAAGAGGAGACAGAGAAGGAGACAGAAGAGGAGACAAAGACAGAGAGGGAGACAGAAGAGGAGACAGAGACAGAGAAGGAGACAGAGAAGGAGACAAACAGUUCAAGCUGAGCUGAUUAAAGAGGAGCAGUUAUGCAGAGGUGCAUCAUGGGAAUGUCUUAGGUCCAUAAAGACACAGACGUGAACACCUUGUCCUCUAGUUCCACCUCCACCACCUACACCCAGCAUGGCCAGGUUAUCCCAGGGACGGAGCUCUGCGGGUGGGGCAGGAGGGCUGCUGCGGCCCCCUGUGCUGCUCGGACUGAUGAUGAUGAUGAUGAUGAUGAUGAUGAUGACGGCAGUGGAGGCAGCGAGUGCCGAAGACGUGGAGAGCGAGGAGAGUCUGGAGAUCCUGGAUGAGGACGAGGCCGUGGACAUCCUGGAGCCGGCGUCCUCGGAUGCGUCCAGACUGUCUCCUUUCAGCUCCUGGCUGAUCUUCAGAAGAAACUCCAACAAGGGGGAGAACCGGAGAAUCAAAGGGUCGAGGAGGACGUCCAAGCACGGCCUACCUGGACCUCCAGGACCUCCUGGACCUCCAGGACCUCCAGGACCCCCUGGACCGCCAGGACCCCUUGGGCCUCUGGGCCCCCCCGCCCCCCUCUUACCCCAACAGCAGGAGCUGAAACAGAGAGACAUGGUGGGAGGAGCCAGCGUCCUGUGUGAUCGUCCCCGUGUCUCCGCCUCUUUCGUCAGUCAUCUCCUGCAGCCAAUCACGAUUCAACGCCGCAGUCUGCUAGAGCUGCAGCCAUUCAGCGAGCCCUCAGACUCUGGGCGGAGCCUCCAGAGAGGUCACAGCUUCAACAGCAGCAGCGGCAGAUACUUGGUCCUCGUCUCUGGAUUCUACCAGCUCACCUGCAGCCUCCUGAUAGAGUCGGGUGACAGAGUUCAGCUUCGCCUCAGAGACAGUGUGAGAGCAUCGAUCUGCAUCGAGUCCUUGUGUCAAAGUAACAUCUCUAUAGAGUCGGUGAUGGGCGUGGCUGCUGCUGGAGGAACGUUCAGCAUCCUACUGACAGGAACUCUUUAUCUACAGGCCGGAGAGUACGUCUCCGUGUUUGUGGACAACGCCAGCAGUUCGUCCCUCAGCGUCCUGCAGGACUCUCUGUUCUCUGGGAUCCUGCUCGGAGUGUGAGACACCAGCAGAUCCAUCCGUCAGCAGGUGGAACAGGGAGGGACAUUCAACAUCGUCCAGCUCCUUCUCUGAAUCCUCAAACCCUGCAGAGCAGAACCAGACAGGACGUUAGGAUCCAAGCUGGAGUCGGACAUCAAGACCUGAGACCUGCAGCAACACAACAGGAGCAGAACUCAUGUACACAACUUAGACCUGGUUCAACGCUCACACAUCUGAGGAGCACGGGACAAACCUUCUCAUCUCCAUCACACGGAUUCACUUCCUGUCUGACUCUUCAUUCACAAAACACCAAGGACACAACUUUCACCACUUCACCUUCACCGUGUCACAAACAGCUCAUUUAGUUUUUGUCCAAAUUCACCAGAGAAGAAGAAAUCAACACAUCCACGGACAGACAGAAGUGCAUCUUUUAUUUAAAUGACAAAUAUUCUAUAUUAAUGUUGAUAAUUCUAUUUGUGUUAAAACAGAGAAAUCUUUUCUUUCUUUAAUAGAAACCUCCCUUUCCUCAGACUUUCCACUGCUGCAGCUCCUCUGUUCAGCCUCUGCUCUCGGUUGACCUGACGUUGGAACUUUUCGGACUCUGCGAUCUGUGUGUUAGCAUAAUGAACGGCUAGCGGCCGGUCCACACAACACUUCCUGAUCUCGUCACGUGACAUCAGGAGAAUGUGGAAGUGUGGGCAGGACGCCUGAGCAGCCUUAAACUCUGAACAAACGUCUUGUUUAAAAGACGUGAAGAUGACGACUUCAUCAGCCUGAAACUCUCGUGUCCUACUUUGUUCUCGUUGUGAAAUAAAAAGCUGAAUGUGUAAACGCCUGCAAGGUUUCCCUCUAACUUCUCCUAACUGACACAAGCUGGACCUGAAAGAGACGU